AUGAGUUCGAAAGACAAAAAUAGCUCCUCCGGGGGAAGUGGGGGUGGGGGUGGACCCAACUCUGGCGUUUGUGGCGGAAGUGGAAAUGGAAGCGGAAGCGGAGGAGGUGGCGGUGGGGGUGGCGGUGGUGGUAGCGGAGGGGGUGGAGGAGGAGGUGGCGGAGGUGGCGGCAGUGUGGGUGGGGGAAGCACCACAAGCCCUGUGAAAAGCAAUCAUCUGGCCUAUCAACAUGGGCAUAGCUUCAUCAAAAAGACAUUUCACAAACCAGCAAGUUGUCAUUAUUGCCCGGAUACGUUGUGGGGCUUAAUUGGCUCUGGUUACGUAUGUGAAGUUUGUAAUUUUAUUGUUCACGAAAAGUGCUUGAAGACUGUGAACCUGCCGUGCUACAGCGUUGCAGCCACUCUAGUCAAGAACCCUGUUGCACAUGUGUGGUCUGAGAAGACUAUUGUUAAACGAAAGUUCUGUAACGUGUGCCGCAAAAAGUUGGAGGAUUGUUACGCCAUUUCGUGCGAGGUGUGCGACUACUUUCUCCAUGAGAUCUGUCAGGAAUUUGCCGUGCCCAAUUGCGUGGAAAGUGCCACCUAUGAUCCCGGCAAAUCUCUCAACGAGCUCACUCGGGGAACCACACACCAUUUCCAAGAAGGAAACCUCCCCCACAACUCGAAAUGUGUCAAAUGUCGCAAACCAUGUUGGUCAGUCGAUUGCUUGAUAGGAAUGAGGUGUCAGUGGUGCGGACUUACGGCUCAUUCGUCGUGCCUCUCAUUUCUGCCCAAUAGUCAGUCAGUUUGUCAGUUUGGUCAAUUGGAGCCGAUUUUCCUGCCUCCGUCAGCAAUUUCCAUUCCAAGAACUCAGCUCGCCCAGCAGCACAAUAUAACAAAAGGAUCUGUGAAAGAUCAUCCCACAUAUAUGCAAGCACCGAUCCGAACGAGUAUCUCAGAUGAUUGGAGUAGCACAGGGUUUAUCGAAGCCGCUGCUGAAUUAGAAGGCACCUCCAUCGACAAUAAAAUCAGGGAGAAACGGGACAAAGAGCGGCAAAAGGAGAGAGCCAAAGUUGAAAAGGAAAAAGAAAGUGAUGAAGAAACAAUCAAAGUUUAUGAUGGCUACAACUCGUUGAGGAAAAGGCUAUUCCGCACAAUCACUGUGAAUAAGCACUGCUCCAAGGAUGAAUUGCUACUGGCUGCCAUGCGUGCAUUCGUUGUCACUCAGGAUUCGCGAAACUUUUAUUUGCUUGAUGUAUACGCCAACUGCGACGGGGACCGAGACGAAGAAUUGGAAGAUCCAUUCCCGGUCCAACGUCUCCGGAGAAAAGAUGGACGCAGACCCGCCAUAUUGAUCGGUCUACGGGAUAACGAGAAUGACAGUGGUGUGAUUAAAGUGUGGGCUCGUCUCCUGCAAAUAUCCACUUCCUCCACGUCCUUGACAAUCCCGGUGUCUGGAACGAUUACGACAGAACAAGUGAUGACCGAGGCCUUGGCCAGAUUUAGAUUGGAAUCAGCCCUGAUUUCAGAUUACCAACUAGUCAAAGUCUGUCUUGAAGCGGGUCGGGUGACGGAAACUGUAUUGGCAAAUGAAGACAUUCCAUGGGAAGUGUUGAAGAGACGUGGACAUGAAUCCGUACGUCUGAUGGAGCUCACUCGGUUUUAUCUAGAACUGCGGAAGGAUCCUCACGGUCCGGAUGUAGCUUUGUUUAUCGGAAAUCUGCCGGCGAACUGGGCGCAAAAACAGUACGAAAACAUCCUGGUGGAUUUUCUGGACGAAGGCUGCCGUUUCUCGUCAAUUGGGCCCAUUUACUACGAAUAUGGUUCAAUGGCUAUUACCUUUGACAAUUCAGAGAGUGCUGUCAUCGCUUACAAAGUGCUUCGAGAACAGAAAUAUGAAGGAAAGAAACUUCUAGUGAUUAUGCUCCCGACCGUGAAACCGUCCAUGCUGAUGCCUGGCAUUUGCCCAUUGCUCGUGUUUGUCAACGUCAAAUCUGGAGGAGGACAAGGGUAUCAACUGAUUUCCAGCUUCAGAAAAUUGCUGAAUCCUCAUCAAGUCUUUGACCUUAGUAAUGGAGGACCCUUGCCUGGAUUGUAUGUAUUUCGCAAGAUAGAAAAGUACAAAAUCCUUGUUUGUGGUGGGGAUGGAACCAUUGGAUGGGUGUUGCAAUGCCUUGAUAAUGUGGGCCAAGAUUCCUUAUGCAGCAGCCCACCUUGUGCCAUUGUUCCUCUUGGCACGGGAAAUGAUCUUGCCCGUGUUCUGCGAUGGGGCCCAGGCUACACUGGAGAUGAAGACCCACUCUUCAUCCUUCGUGACGUCAUUGCCGCCGAAGAAAUUCGCCUUGAUAGGUGGACCGUGGUUUUCCGACCCAACGCGGAUGAAAUGGAAGGCCCAGAUGGGAAAACAGAACGAGCCAACCCACAAACCAGUGAAGACAAUGCCCAGAUUUUCGUCAUGAACAACUAUUUUGGAAUCGGCUUGGAUGCGGAUCUCUGCUUGGACUUUCACAAUCGGCGUCUUGAGGAGCCUGAGAAGUUCAACUCUCGAAUCCAUAAUAAAGGUGUUUACGUUGAAGUCAGUCUACGCAAAAUGAUGGGCAAAAAGAGUUGCAAGAACAUGCACAAAGAGAUCAGACUGGAGGUGGACGGAAAACAUAUCGAAUUGCCAACCGUGGAGGGAAUCAUCAUUCUAAAUAUCAUGAGUUGGGCCUCAGGAGCCAACGCCUGGGGUCCAGAGAAAGACGAAAAGUUUACCAAGCCCAACCAUUGGGACGGAAUGCUGGAAGUGGUUGGAGUGACCGGUGUCGUGCACAUGGGACAAAUUCAAUCUGGCCUCAGAUCAGCCAUUCGCAUUAUCCAGGGGAGCCAUAUCAAAAUUAAAAUGAAUUCGGAAUUACCCGUUCAAGUGGAUGGAGAGCCCUGGAUUCAGGCACCGAGCGAUAUUGUAGUGCUAAAGUCGGCCGUUAAGGCCACUAUGCUAAAGAAAAGCAAGCAGAAAAUUAAAAGAAGAAAUACAGAACCGUCUGUGAAUCAUCCGUUGGUGUUGGCCACCCCUUCUAGCACGGCCACGCCUCCCAACACCCUCGAGAUUGUGGGUGCUGACGGUCGGGAUCCGCCCUCGGGAUCCAGUCAAGGCCAACCAGUGAACUUGGCCUACAUUUGUGACUCCCCGACACACGCAACGGCUGUUUAAUAGGAAACCCAAAUUAAUGUAAACAAGAUCGUCACCGGCUAAGAAAGAUCGAAGGUUAACUUUGAGGCCAGAGGACCAACGAAGUUACUCACAACUUAUGCGGGGAAAUAGAGGCGGGGACACUCACUCUUCCGCCUCUAUUAAUCCAAACACGCAGUUGAUCAAUUGUUGAAUUCACUUUUCUCACGAACGCCCCUUGCCCCUAUGAUGUAAAGGAGACGAUCAUUUGGAUCAUAUUUUCUUCAUCUGUUCUUUUUCUUUCCCUCUCUCUCACUCGCUCUCUUUCUCUCUCUCAGAGUACUCCUCUCUUCCAUCAUUUGCCUCAAUCCCUCUCGCUUUCCCCUAUAGCUCUGCCUAGCUCUGCCACUCUUUCUUUCUUUCUUUCUUUCUCUAUCUCUUUCUUUUCUCCUUGCUCGCACCAUGAGGUGCUUAAGAUUUCAAGUGUUUCCAAAACUCUGGGGCCUCAUAGAAAUGUGUUAGGCCCAUGUAUGGGUGUAAACGGAAACGGAUAUCAAGAGACGAUGCUUUGUUCGAAUUGCAUUCGGGGAUAUUUGGCUCUACCACAAACGGUCUCGAUUUCAACCCUAAAUUGCAUCGCUUUUGAAUCUGGGAGAAGAAUGGAGCACAGAGCCAAAAAGAAUAUCAUAUUAUUGAUGUACAAUUCUUAGAAUUGAAUUCAGUGCAGCGAUUUUUAGCUGAGACGACAGAUUUUCACGCCACUCACACUUACCUACCUAUCAUAAUGUGCAAACUAAAAGGACUUUUGAUUCUAAGGGA